AUGGGGCAUGAGACACUAGAAUCAAUUGCUUCAUCUGAUCGUUUCCUUGGCUCAUUGCAGGCUUUGAGUUUAACAACAACACUUCGCACGGAGCUAUUGGUUGCCCGGUUCAAAUGUCAAAAGGCUGCAGAAACGAAGCUCCAAGAGAUCAGAGAGAGCAAAGAAAGGUGUGGACGCUCAUUGAGAGCAGCUGCUUUAUCUGCCCCAAUUGAAGCUGGAGAGGAAGAUGACCUGGAGGAUGAUGGAGAGGAAGAAAGAGAGGCUUGGUUAGCUACCAUCUCAUUGGCUCUCUGCAAGGCGUUUGAUCUUCUCGACAUGCUAAAGAAGGAAGAAGAAAUGCUUCUAGCUGUAAAGGAAAGGAAGGCAAAGGUUUGGUAUGACCACCUAGCAGUGGUACUACCUCUCAGAGAUGCAACUCUAGAAACCAGUUCAGGAGUCAAUAUCCUUUUUGUGUUGACCAGUUCAGCAAGGACUUAUACAUAGUUGCAUGGAAAACUAUUUCAAUGGUUACUGAUUAAGCAAUAUACUGGUUGAGAGUGGUAGAUAUGAAAUUUAGGAUGUAAACUUCAAAGGAAACAAUGUUGAUUCCGGCGCAUGAAUGAAAUGGAUAUUGGAGAUUUCUUUCUGCCGUUAUUAAAUAUUAUCUUAGCCGUAUUAUAGAAAUGUCUAUAAAGUAGAGUUUGUGA